AUGGCCACCACCAAGCCUAAGACCGGCAUCAAAGUCGUCGUCGUGGGAGCAGGCUUCGGCGGCCUCACCGCAGCCAUAGAAUGCCAUCGGCAAGGUCACGAUGUCGAGGUCUACGAGUCCUUUCCAGAGCUCAAGGUCCUCGGCGACAUCAUUUCGUUUGGGUCCAAUGGCGGCCGCAUUUUUUAUCGUUGGGGCAAAUACCCGGGCGAGAUUUCGGAUCGCCUGCGGAAGCUGAGCAUUGACCUGACCGAGUAUGGCUUCCGAAUCCACAAAUAUGACACGGGAGAGGUUAUGUUUCACCAAAAGACACCCCCUCCAAACAAGGAGGCACCGGUGUUCAACGGCCAUCGCGGUGAGCUUCACCAGGUGAUAUUCGACUAUGCGAGGGAUGAGCUUGGGAUCCCGAUCCACCUGGAUGAGAAUGUGGCUGAGUAUUUUGAGACUGAUGACAAGGCCGGAAUCGUUUUGAAAGGUGGCGAGCGGAUCGUUGCCGACGUAGUGGUUGGGGCGGAUGGUGUUCGGUCCAAAGCCAGAGAGCUUGUGCUUGGUUACGAGGACAAGCCUAAGAGCAGCGGCUACGCAGUCUGGAGAGCAUGGUUUCCCAACAUGGACAUGAUCAAGGAUCCUCGCACCAAGGAAUUCUGCGAGAAUGGAGACACUUUCAACGGCUGGAUUGGACCAGAUGUGCACUUCCUCUUCUCAACCAUAAAAAAUGGCUCGGACUGCUGCUGGGUACUCACCCACAAAGACGAGCACGACAUUGAUGAGUCGUGGUCAUUCCCUGGUAAGCUUGAGGAUGUGUACGAGGUCCUCGACGGGUGGGAUCCCAUAUGCAAAGCCAUCGUGGAAAAGACUCCCAGCCUUGUUGAUUGGAAGCUCGUUUAUCGUGACCCAUUGCCUACCUGGGUGAGCAACAAGCGCAGGAUCCUGCUCCUGGGAGACUCGGCACACCCAUUCCUUCCGACUAGCGCACAAGGCGCUACGCAGGCAAUGGAAGACGGGACAACGCUUGGAAUUUGUCUGCGAAGAGCGGGCAAGGACAAUGUACAGGCAGCGUUGAAGACUCACGAGGAAAUCAGAUAUGAACGUGUCAAAGCUGUGCAAAAGACUGGGGAGACCACUCGAGAUAUGUGGCACAAGACUGAUUGGAAUAAGGUCCGGGAAGAUCCCAAGAGCAUCGCGAUGCCUCGAGAUGAUUGGAUCCAUUUCCAUGAUGCGGAGACCCAUGCAGAGACAGUCUUCGACGAGGUCUUUAAGAGACAUUCUGGUCCAUCCGGGGACAGGGCAGAGACUAACGGUGCAUUUGUUGAACAUGUUGAGACGAUUCAGCCGGUUGUCACAACUUAG